CUUAACAUUAGUGGUUUGUCAGUUGAUCUAAUAGCACCACAAAAUUGUUGCCAGAGAAACAAUAAUUAAAUACCGGCCGGCUUUUUUUUUUACAUAAAACAUUGUAUACACUAACAACUAACAGAGUGCGGUUGUAUGUGUGUGGCUGGCUGACUGACUGACUGCGUAUGGAACCCACCUCAAAGCAAUACAUUCCACGUAUCAAAUUCUAACGUAACUAAGCGCAAAGUAAAUAACAAAUUGGUUUUGAAACCAAAUAUCGAAGAAUUGGAUUCUAUUUUUUUGUUUUUCUGAAUAAACUAUGCAAUGAUGGAUUUACACAUUUUUAUUGUGAUCGCUUGUGUUUUCUUGGCAUCGCUUUUGUCGCUGCUGUUCAUCAACAAGUUCUUGCGCCGCAAAACGUUUGAAGAAGUUAUUGCCGAGAAAAAGGCUCUGACCGAGAAAAUAUACGGCAAGGAAAAGAAUGUGGUGAAAAAGCCCAAAAAGAUCUCCCUUAAAAAGGAAAUGAAACGAGAGAAACGCCAGCAGCGUUCACGGGAACAACCCGAAGACUCGGAUGCCCAAUCUGAACAACAGUCGGUGGAAGAAGAACCCCAGGGACUGUCAAAGACUCAUGUUGAAUUUGAGCCGGAUGCAGAAGUUUUGACUUAUAACAACCAAACGGCUUCUAGACGCUCCAGUAAUGCUGAAAAGGAAAAUGUUAACAAGCAAAUCAAGGGGGGUAAGAAGGACAAGAAACCCAGCAGCAAAGGUGGCAUCUUGGUGCACAAAAAUGAGCCGGCCAAUGUCAAGGAAAAUGUCUCUGCCGAAGCGGCUGCCAAUCAUUUUGACAUUAAAACACCCAAGGAUGCUGUUGAACUUAAAAAAGCCGAAAAGAAAGAAGAAAAAUCCCAACAGCAGCAGCAACAACAACAGCAACAAAACAAAAAGGAUAAAUCCAACAAGAAAACAAAUGCUUCUAAUGAAAAUCUACCAACGGUAACAGAGACACCCAUUGUUAAGGAAGUCAAACAGGCCGAGGAGAAAAUCCGUCAAAACUCCCCCAAAACUUCCCAACAAAAGCAAAAACAACAAAACAAGAAACAAAAAGAUUCCAAAGAUAUUGUGGCCGGACUUGAGAAGUUAUCUGAAUCCGACACAAUUGGAGUAUCUUUGCUAAUGAAUCUCUUCCGCCGAGCAGAACUAAAUCGUUCGGAGAUACAAAUUUUAAUCGAUUAUCUUUUGAAUCGCCAACAAGAUAUGCCCUCUUCGCAUUCCGAAUGGUCUGAUGACAUUUGUCAAAAGCUCAAACGACAAUUGGAGGAGAAAGAAAAGGCCUUGGCCGAAGAGCUGGAAGCCUCAAUUGGUAUCCAGGCCAAAUUGCGAGAGCUACGCACCGAAAUCAACACCGAACGGGCCAGCAUGAGCAGCACCAUUAAGUCGUACACUGAGAAAUUGGCCACAAAAGAUCAGGACAUUUCCCUUUUGGAACAGAAAAUCAAAACUCUUAAUGACACCUUGACCCUGGAACGUCAACAGUUCCAGGCCAAGCUAAUGCACGAAAAACAAGCUGGCUCUCAAGACAUUAUGGCUCAGCUGCAGAUGUUGCAAAAGGAAUUGGCUUUGAAGGAUAAAUGCAUUGCCGAACUGACCUGUAUGGUUAAUGCCUCGCACCAAGCCGUCGAAGAAUCGCAACAGAAAAACGAAAUCAUCCAAACACAGGCCCAGCAAAUACGUGUCUUGGAACAACAACGCGACGAACUGGAACAAGUCUCCAAUAAUAGAAUUUUCGAUUUGGAAAAAGCUAACCAAUUGGAGACCGAGCUAAGCGAACUUAAAUUAGAACUGCGCAACAAUCAAAAUGCCCUUGAAUCUGCUAGAUCCGAUUUGAAGCAAAGCAAUGCUGAUGUGGAAGCCCUCAGAAAUGAAUUGGCUUUGGUGCGCACCAAGGUAAUCGCCGACAAACAAAAGGAGAUUGACCAAUUGCAAGCCCAGAACAAUGAGUUGACUCAACAGCUUGUGAAUAUAUCUAGCAAAACUCAAGAGCAGUCCAAGGAGCAAAAUGAUUUACAGAGCAAUCUCAACAAUCUGCAGGCUCAAAUUGUCGAAAAGCAACGGCUAUUGGACGAUUCAGAGGCAUCCAAAAUGCAACUACAAAAACAACUAAACUCCCUCGAGUCGGAGCUUAAACACAAGUCAGUUGAACUGGAGGAAUUGCAAAAGUUGGUAGAGGGUCUUAAGUCUGAUGUCAGCAGCAAAACUAAAGUACUGCAACAAACCGAACAGCAGGUACAAAAUCACCAAGAACUGCAGAAACUGGUGGAAACACUCAAAAGCGAGGUUCAAAAGAAGGACAAACUGUUGCAGGACAAUAGCAAGCAGCAAGAUGUGCAAAAAAUCGUUGAAGCCCUCAAAGAGGACUUGAGCAAAAAGAAUGACCAACUGAAGGAAGUCGAAAAGGAAUCGGAAAAACUAAGCAAACGCGAAAAGGAGUUGCUGCAACAGCUGCAGGAACAAAAAGAGAAAAACAAUGAUUUGCGCACUAAAAACUGGAAAUUGGUUGAGGCUUUGCAAAAUUCUGAAGCAAAAGUUAGUAAACAAAGCCAAAAUUCAAUUUUAGUAGGUGUUCAACAGGAAAAACUGUUAUCUUCUGCAGCCAAGAGUGGCAAGACAUCAGCAUCAGGCCAUACGGAUGUUGCUAAAGAUCAAAAACAAUUGCGUGAUCUUCUGCAGCGAUUGUGUCCCGAGGCAGUUAAAGCUUGUGCCGGCACAGCUCUGUCCGUUACUUUUGAUCAGUGGGUUGAGCAGGUCUUGUCGACUCACAUUAAACAACAACAACAGCAGCAGCAAGUCAGCAGUAGUCACAAAUCUACACAAUCAUCAAACAACUCACACAACAGUCCUCCUUCCCUCAAUCAAAACUCCACACAUGCUGCCAACGGCAGUCGGAGUAGCAGUUCCAGCGUUAGUAGCAGUCCCGGAUCCGGAGACAACAACAAUGACACUGAAAAGUCUGAGUUACUUAAAGAGAAUUCAAUCCUGCGCGUUCGUAUCGACGAGUUAACCAAACUCGCUAGAAAAACUGAAUACACAUUAUCCGACCUGAUGCAGAAAGCCGAGGAGCAGGAAGAACAUUGGCGUAGUGUUGUACGUUCUAAAGACGAACAAAUUAAUACGUUACAAUACAAAUCUAAUGGUCAGCAGGACAUUUAAUGUCUGUCAUAUUGGAAAAAUCUAUAUAUUAAGCACUAAAGUAGUAUGCAAUAAAAAAAGAUACAUUAAUUCAAUUAUGAUUAUAUUACAACAGCAUAAACAACAGAAAAUAAUCUAAAAAAAUCUAA